GAACUUGUCGCAUUUGUACUACCAAGGCCGCAAUCUGUUGGGCGAGAUUAUCCAUGGGGUUGGUGGAAGCUGAAGAUAAACUUUCUUAAUGAAGUGUCCAAAAAUCCUCCUAUGGGAAAGUUGUGGAAAACGUUGAAACAAAUUAAAGAUAUCUGUGAGAAAGAAAGAACCG